AUCUAUCAGCGCCUCGUGGACAACGCGCUGUAUGGAGUUUUGAAAAUCUCGCGAUCUGGCGACGCUGAGGCCACAACGGAUGUGUUCCAGACCGGGAUCGCGGACGAUCCUGAUCGCGAGUCGGUGCUGGGUCGGAGAUCGUACAUCGACGACAUCAUGAUCGCGGCAGAAUCUGUAGCAAAGAGCUUUGGGGGCAUGGAUAAGGAAGGAUAUCUGGGACAUCGAGUGUCGAUCGGAGGUUUGGAGGCGAGCCCGAAAGACCUGAAAGCGUUGACCGAUCUGCCAUUCUCCGGAUCUCUGCGAUCUAUGCAGUCGUUCCUGGGCAGUCUGGUCUACUACAGCCGAUUCAUCGAAGACUAUGCGAUCUAUGCCUCGGUACUCUACGAACUACGUGAAGUGGAGUUUGCUGAACUGGAGAAACGAUCAGAUCUGAGAGAGAUCCUGGACCGGAAUGACCCGAUCCCUCGAGAUCACGACCCAACGGAACUGAAGUUGACAGGAUCAAUAGACGAGAGGUGGUUCAGGGCGCAUAGGGCCUUCAUCGCCCUGAAAACUAAGAUCGCGACGACCCCAAUCCUCCGUCAUUUCAACGAGGCGAGAACGCCGGUGGUUAUCGUAUAUGCCAGUGAUUAG